AUGAAUGAUCCUGGGAAAGAACACACCAAGGCAUUAUGAAAAAUCUGUGUUUCGGAAUCAUUACCGUGGUUAUAGUUCUUUAUUUUACUGGAACAAUGACAGCCCCAUCAAGAAAAAGCAGUAUUUUACUCAAUUCUGAGUGUCAGUGGAAUGGAUAUCAUCUGACAAAUUGUUCUUUUGCUGGUAAACACGAUAUGCCUCUGGCUAUACCACAGACAGCAGCCACAAUGGAUAUAAGUCUCUUUAGAGUUCUCCUGCAACCUCCUGUGAAAACAGAAGAAUGGAAUAUAAAACACCUGGAACUCAGUAAUAAUCUCAUAUGGAAAAUAACCUUACACCCUCUUACACAUUUACAUGCUUUGGAAAUAUUAAACCUCAGCAACAAUGCCAUUCACUCCAUCUCACUGGAUCUCCCUAGCCCUGUGUCAGGGGAGAAACACCACAGAAGCAAGUUGACAAAUGGACUUCCAUCUCUAAAGUUUCUAAUUCUCCGAAAAAACAAACUUACUGGUAUUCCCAAAGGACUAUGGAAACUGAAGUCAUUGCAGAGCUUGGAUCUGUCAUUGAAUGGGAUAUCACAAAUUGGUUUAUUUGAUUUUUACAACUGCCUACACCUGAGGAAUCUCUACUUAAAGAGCAAUGAGAUAUUUAGAAUUCAUCCAAAAGCCUUCAAGAACCUCAAAAAAUUACAGGUCGUAGACCUUAGCAACAAUGCUCUGAGCACCAUCUUACCAAUGAUGAACCUUGCUCUAGAACUCCCUCAUCUGGAGGUUGAUUUGACUGACAACCAAUGGCACUGUGACUCCAGUGUAUUAGCCUUCCAAAAUGUCAUUUCUGAGUCCUGGAGGAGAAAGUGGAACAUGAUUUGUAACAAUCCUAUUGAGAAUGAAGCAGCAUACUGGUGGAUUCCCCAAAGCAGAAUUUCCAGGGAGAGACACCUUCCUCACACUAAACCAAGUCACAUGACAAGUCUCAGAAUGAGCCGAGCCCAGAGGCCCCUGGAAGUACUUCCUGUUACCUCUCCCACCUUGAGCAAGGAGGAGCCUGCUAGCUCUGAUGCCAGAGAGAAGCAGAAGCAGCUGCCAAGACCUGUUAGGAGGCCAAGAGAUGUGCAGACUCACAAGGAAAAGGAAGAGGCUUCCCAGGACCUGAUCCUAGCCAUCUGCCUGUCAGUGUUCAUCACGUUCUUUGUGGCUUUCUGCCUGGGGGCUUUUGCCAGGCCUUACAUUGACAGACUGUGGCAACGGAGAUGCCAGAAUAAAAGUUCCAGUUCAGAUAAUGCAUAUUCAAAUGAGGGCUUCUAUGAUGAAGUUGAAGCUACAGGGAAUAUACAGCAACAGCACCCAAAGACAGACCUGCACCAGAGUGUCCAUGACCCAAAACUCUGUGAGAAGCAAAACCCUUUUGGAGAGAUACAGACCAGCCUGGACACUGUCAGUACUGCUGAUAAAGUUCUGGGAAUAAGCAGAAAAGAGGCUGACAGAUGGCAGAAGAAGGAGCAACAUGGGGCCAAUACUGGGGCAAGAAAUAGAAGGCAAAACACAUAUCCAGAUGACAGUGUUGCCCAUUCUAGUCUCCACGGACAACCAAGUGCUAAUAGUCACGUACUAACUCCAGUAGCACAGGUCCACAGCUACAGGAAUGAUAUUUUUGAAGAACCACUUUAUGAUACCGUAGCUCAGGAAGAGACUGUCAGUGAACACUCACUGGGCAUCUCGGGCAGAUUACACACUGCCUCCAAAUCCACCCUUAACAACCCAGAUGAAAUAGACCCACCACUCUCAAGAGAUAUAAUGGCUUCUCCUCCUAUAAGACUAACAUAUACAAAAGAACAGAGACCUGGUGAGAAAGAGGGAAGAGGGUACACUAAACAAUUACCUUCAGAACUUUCUAGGGAAAUGGAAGCAAGCACUUACAUUAAUUCAGUGAGUGUGCAGCAGCAAAGGCCAGAGAGGACCAGUGAGGAAGAGCCUUCAUUACCCUACAGUACAGUCACACUCAAUGAGUUGGCAGACACAGGUCCAUCCCCAUUGGUCUGUCCCCAGGGAUGGCAGAGUGACCCCCAUGUCACACCCACUAAUGAAGAACCAAAAGAUAAACAGGCUCUUGACACUCAGUAUGAGUUGGACACCAGCUAUGAUUCUGAUGAAGGGUCUUUAUUUACUCUCAGUUCAACAAGUUCAGAGGAUGCAAGACAGGUGACUGAAGAAGAACAUAAUAAAGAUCAUGACAGAGCCAGUGAGUCCCCACAGGAGAACUCAGGGGUAAGGAUGGGUAGUGUGAUGACCUUAGAAAAUCAUGAAAACAACACUAUCUUCCAGAAGAUUCUGAGGAAAUCUGAGAAUCAGGAAGAUCAUUCUGAAAAACCUCUUGCUUCUAGGUCAGAUUCUGAUUUGUGUGAAACUCAUCCAGAAGGUGCCUCAAACACCCAUAAAUUUGAGGCUCCAUUAAGUUUCCCAGUAUCACAGGAUAAGAGCCCUUGUAGUGAUGAGAGUUCAGGCAUGUUCACAUACGGUUCUGUCACAGCUCUUCAUUCCGAGUCAGUACAGUGGCACUACUCCCUCAAAGAUUUAGUAUUUCCAGAUAUGAGUAUUUCAUCACAAACCCCAUCACCACAUUCUGCAGAGAUUCCCUCAGAUUCUGACAAGAGAACUUGUCAUGAAAGAGACUCAGAUAUUUGUAAAUAUGAGCCUUUCAUUCAAGGCAUAGACACUACUCAAAACGAUAUUCUGUUUGAGAUCACUACAUGGGAAAACACAAGACCCUCAAGUGAUUCUAAAGGGGGCAGUGAGACUUCCAACCCAAGGAAUGCUGAUGCAGAUGAGGACUGUGAUUCCAGAAAAGACAUGAGCCUGACACAAUUGUUACUCUCCUAUGGUGAAGGAACCUGCUCUUCAGUGUGAUGGAGAGAAUGGGAUUCUUUUGAAGAUGAUUCUAAGAGAGAUAGUACUACUAUCACAAGAGCUUCCUAAUAAAAUACAAGAACACUGCAAUGAUAGGGACAGGAGUAAAUCAUCACAGAAGCAUAGGCUUCCCUUAGAAAAACUUUUGUGUUCAAAUGCAGGCUCAAAGCAACCUGGUGGAAACUGGUUCUUUAGGUGAGAACCACAUGUAGUAUAAAAAAGACAAGGAUAAUCAACUUGAAAAUCAAAAGGAAUCCAACCAACUCUUUUUGGAGAAAGGACUUGCUAAACAGAUUCUAAUGAGUUCUGCACAAAGCCCGGGAGGACAUUUGGGACUUGAUCAUCAAAUUGCAAAAUUAAAGUGAUCCAAAGCACUUAAAAGUAUUUUUGUAAAGUUAUGUUGAAAGAAGGACUGUUUCCUAGAGUAAAAUGUAAAUUAAAGUCAGUUUUCAAUAAGCAAAGUGACAAUUUGUGAUAAGAAAAAGUUACUCACUA